AUGGAUGGAUCUAAGAUUUUGAGAAGGAGGGUGCAGAUACCGCAGCCGCAGGUGCCGGCCGCCGAGGAGCGGGAGCCGGAGCGGGAGCGGGAGCCGGAGCUGGAGCCGGAGCGGGAGCGGGCGCGGGGCGUGCGCCCCGCCAAGGGCACCUGCACCCCCAGAGAAAAAGUAAACCCAGAACCUUGCCAACCCUGUCUUACUGUGCCAGAAAUCAGAAAGACGGAACCAAGCCACAAUGAAGUGCCCUGGGAAAAAGGUUGUCCAGUCCAUCACUGUCCAAUUGCUGCAUCUCCCAGCUUGGUGAGAGAUCACUUACCUUCUUCCAGCUGCAUGCUUGGACCAAUCUCCACCCAAGCCAAUGGCCAGGUGCCAUCCAGUUCCCAGGAUUCACAUCAGCAUCACUUGUAUUACCAUUGCAACCAGCAAGAGCCUAGAGGCAGCUAUGCUUUGCCCCCACUACCCGGGCAUGGAGAGAGAGCCACCUUGUGUUCUCACCAUUCCAGCGGGGAUCCCUUGCCAGCUCCUCACCAUGAAAACCCUGAAGGUCACUGGAAACAGUGGUCACAUGACCAGCAUCAAUCACGGACAGUACAGCACCACAUUGUAACAGUCAGACAUGACAAAGGCUUCAGGAUGCCAAAAAGUUAUUCCCAAGUGAUUGCUGAGUGGCCUGUAGCUGUCCUGGUGCUCUGUUCAGUGACAGUUGUGAUUUGUACUUUAGCUGGUCUGCUAGUUGGAAAUUUGCCAGAUUUUGCAGAGCCCUUGAUGAAAAGAGUUAUUCCCAGCUGGUAUUUAUGUCCACAACUGCUGGAAGCUUAUGGAACUUGCAAGCUAUUCAGUCCAUGUGUCAAAUUGAACAGGAGAAGAUCCGCUCUCACAUUCAUUUUAAAGAUCUCUGUCAACGUACUGAAGCCAAUGAAUGCUGCCCCAGUUGGUCUCUGGAGACUUUCUCAGUCCUCAGACAAUGGAGUAUCAAGUACCAUCACUCAAAUACAGCCUGUUGUUUUUGCCAACAAGAAAAGUUCUUUGAUGAUAUCCUACUUCUUGUAUAAGGUGGCCUUCCAAUUCACCUACUUCCCUUUUGUUAACUUGACAGCAGUCAUCAUUCUCAGCAGUAUUUGUGCCAAUCACACCUUUGUCUUUUUUGACCUCUGGAGCCUCAACAAAAGCCAAAAUCCUUCUGCUGGCCUCCUGCAGUGGAUGAGACAAACCAUGCACCACUUUGGGUAUCUUAUGCUGACAUCCUGCUUUACAACAGGUGCUGCUUUCUAUGCCAGCUACAUGAGCAAUAUAAUUGCCAUCCGCUGCUUUGCCAUCUACAUGGGUACUUCUGUACUGGUGAAUUUAAUAUUCAUGAUGACUUGGCUUCCUUCCUCCAUUGUGCUAUAUGAACGCUACAUAGCAACAAACUGCAUUUAUAAGCCAGAAGAUUACUGGAACAACAGUGGACACAAGAGAGUCAUUCUCUUUCUUCAUCAUAUAUUCCGUGGCCUUCAAAAUACCUGGUGUGAAACCUCCAAGCUGUUAUUUGAAAAGCUUCUUCCAUGUGGUGUCAUAAAGUUUCGUUAUAUCUGGAUCUGCUGGUUUGCAGCCUUAGCAAUAGGAGGUGCCUAUAUAUCCUGUUUUAACCCUAAGCUAAAACUUCCCACUUUAGAGACACCUUCUGUCCAGGUGUUUAGGCUAAGCCACCCCUUUGAGAGAUAUGAUGCAGAAUACUGUCACCAGUUCAUGUUUGAAAGGUUGGAGCAUGGAGAAGGACAACACAUGCCCAUCACUAUAGUCUGGGGAAUACUGCCUGUGGACAAUGGGGAUCAUUUCAAUCCAAAGAGCAAUGGCACACUGGUGGUAGACACGACAUUUACAAUCCAGAAGCCUGAAGCUCAGAAGUGGCUCCUUGAAUUCUGCCAAAAUGUGAAGAAUCAAACGUUCUAUUAUCCAGACCUUGAGCAAAAGUCCACGGUGUGUUUCAUGGAGGAGUUUCUCAGGUGGAUGGAUAGUCGACAGUGCUCCCAAAGAGACCACAGCUUCAACCUCUGCUGUAACCAUUUCACCUUCCCAUACCGAAGUGAAGUCUUCCUGCACUGCAUAAAAAUUAUGAUCAUGGAACAAGGCAGAGGGGAGGAUGAAACAUAUGACCUCGGCCUCAGGUUUGAUGGAGAGGGAAACCUAGCUGCCAUGGCGCUACAGUUUCAAACUAUUUACCACUACAGCUUCAACUACAGUGAAGCCAAACAAUUCUACAAUGAAAUCGAACUCUGGAUAACAGAGGAAAUGAAGACUGCCCCUGUGGGGCUUCAGAAUGGAUGGUUCACUAGUAAACUCGAGCUAUAUAAUCUCCAAAACAGUCUUAGCACAGAGACAAUGGUGGUUAUGGGGCUGUCCAUAGCCAUCUCAUUUGUAGUGCUGUUGCUCACCACUUGGAAUGUUCUUCUUAGUAUAUUCUCUGUUAUGGCUAUCACAGGCACUGUACUGGUAACUGUUGGGCUUUUGGUCCUGUUGGAAUGGCAGCUCAAUGCAGUGGAGUCUCUCUUCAUUUCAGCAGCAGUGGGCCUCUCCAUUGACUUUACAGUGAACUACUGUAUUUCCUACCACUUGUGCCCUCACUCCGAUCGCCUGAGCCGAGUGGCCUUCUCUCUGAAGCAGAUGAGCUGUGCCACUGCCAUGGCUGCCUCUGCUUUGUUUUCUGCGGGGAUCAUAAUGUUGCCUGCAACAGUGCUGGCAUACAGGAAGCUGGGGAUUUUCAUAAUGAUGAUCAAGUGUAUCAGCUGUGGAUUUGCCAGUUUUUUUUUCCAGUCUCUCUGUUGCUUCUUUGGCCCAGAGAAGAACUGUGGUCAGAUCCUCUGGCCUUGUGCCCAUGCUUUCAAAGACUACUCUGAUGACGCUAGGCUGAAUGGCAGCUUUGCCUGUGGUAGAAGUGAGAAUCCAAACAGAUUACGGAAGGUUCAGGAGUCCAACACUGCAAAUGAGCAGUAUGAGCUCCAGCCCUUGGCCAGAAAACUGAGUGACAGUUUUGACAACAGCACUUCCACAAGUAAGUUGUCCAACCGUCCUUCAGUCCUGUCUGAGGACAUGCAGCUCGAAGAUAGUAGAUGUCCCAAGAUGGGAAUUCAUCCUUCUCUGGAAAGAGAUAGACAAAAUACACAGGAGCCCCUUGAAAACCAACAAGUGGGUCUUUGUCAGUGUCCAGCCUUGCAAACAUCUUCUCCUUACAAGCAUAGCAGCUCAGGAGCAGAAGCAGAAAUUCAUAGAGAGAGACUUUGCAGAGAUUGUAGAUGUCAAAAAUACGGUCCAAAGGCUUGGGAUGCAUCCGUACGGGACCGUCAUCCAGCCAACAUGAAAAAUGAAGGACAGCUAAAUAAACCCCAGUGCUCUGGUGAUGCUGCUCAACAACAGUCAGACUAUACCUCAGAAAACAGUAAUCUGCCUGCAGCUGAAAUUUAUAAACUUCACAGAUGCCUUUGUUCUCCUGGCAGCAAUUUCGACAUGCUCAAUAUCUCCAGUGAGACAUCUAUUAGUGAUUCUGAGCAGAGCAUCAAACUUACUGAAUCAGCCAGUUCUUGCCCUGAUGUCUUAGAGAUAUCUGAUCCCUGUAGUCAAACAGAGAGGGGUCAUCUGAAUGGGAAGAGAGAUACUCUGAGAUUGGACCUGAAAGAGACUGUUUUUGACAUAUCUCCACCAGCAUCGCAGCAAAACAGCUCUUCAUGGAAAAAUCGAUUGGGAUUAGGGAGUGAAGGUCUGGUUGUCCUACCAAAUAGCCAACCAGACAUGCCUGAUGUUUGGAUCAGGCGAUCCAGUGUACAAAAUUCUAGUUAG